CUGGUAUUUAUUGACGUUAGCUGAUGGUCGCCAUGUCUGAAAAUUUUCAUCAUCGUAAAUGGAUCGUAAUUUGCAAACAUAUUUUUUUAGCUAAUUUUCUACGCUUAAACCUAUUUAAAAUUCUUCUAAUAACAGUUUAAACAUACAACAAUGAAGAAAAUCGCAGAGCAGAAGCUCCAGGCGUUCACCGUUGGAACGAUGGGAAAGCGGCAGCUAAGCCGCAAGGAGCUGGAAGAGCAGAAAAAACGCGAGGACGAAGCGGCAGCCGCACACGCGUUCAAAGAGUUUGUUGAAACCUUCCAAGAAGCUCCCUCCAAGAUUGGAAAGGUUUGGGUGAAGGCCGGAACGUACGAUGCCGGAUCGAGAAAGGAAGAUGUGCGUGACAAGGGAAAACUGUACAAGCCCUCCGCCAAGUUGGAAGUUGAGCAGGAAAAUACCAACGAAUACAUCAAAAUGAUGACCGCCGAAGGCAAGAAGGAACUGGCGGCGAACAAAAAGAAAAGUCAGGAGAAGAAAAAGAGCAAUCUGGAGCUAUUCAAGGAGGAACUCCGACAGAUACAGGAGGAGCGCGAGGAGAGGCACAAGUACAAACACAUUGCGAAAUCAAUGAUGCCACAGUCCGCAUCUGAUCCGGAUCCGGUUUAUAAGGAAACCGAAUCGGGUUCAUUCGACAACGGUGAUCCGAACACAACUAAUCUUUAUCUGGGCAAUUUAAAUCCAAAGAUAUCAGAACAAGAGUUGAUGGAACUGUUUGGUAAGUACGGUCCAUUGGCUAGUAUCAAGAUUAUGUGGCCACGUUCGGAGGAAGAACGUGCUCGGGGACGGAACUGUGGCUUCGUAGCGUACAUGAGUCGCCGGGAUGCGGAGCGAGCAUUGAGGGCAUUGAAUGGAAAAGAAGUGAUGAACUAUUUGAUGAAGCUUGGUUGGGGCAAAUCAGUACCGAUAAUGACCCAUCCCAUCUACAUUCCACCGGCACUGGUAGCCUACACGUUGCCACCACCGCCGUCUGGACUUCCAUUCAAUGCACAGCCAAACCCUUCGGAUGUGGACAAUAUUCCAAAAAUGACCUCCAAAAUGUACAUGGAGGAACCGGAGAUGAAGGAAAAAAUGGACGAGGUGCUUUCCAAAGCUUUGGUGAAAGUGGUUAUCCCGACAGAGCGACCUCUGCUUAUGCUAAUCCAUCGGAUGGUAGAAUUUGUGAUCCGCGAAGGGCCUAUGUUCGAGGCGUUGAUAAUGACCCGCGAAAUGGAUAAUCCAAUGUACAAAUUUCUGUUCGAGAAUGAAAGCCCAGCCCACAUCUACUAUCGGUGGAAGCUAUUCUCGUUGCUUCAGGGCGACACUGCAUCGGAUUGGAGAACAAAAGAGUUCCGAAUGUUCAAGGGUGGUUCGAUUUGGAAACCGCCACCGAUUAAUUUCUACACCCAAGGAAUGCCGGACGAACUGCUGGCCGAUGAUGAAGACCUAGAGGCCAACAAGGGCAAUCUAUCGAUUGCCCAACGCGAUCGCCUGGAGGAUCUCAUUCGCCAUUUAAGCCCGGAGAGGCAGCGGAUUGCCGACGCGAUGAUCUUCUGCAUUGAGCACGCGGAUGCGGCUGAGGAGAUUUGCGAAUGCAUCACCGAAUCGUUGGCCAGAAAUGAGACGCUCGUCAAGAAGAAAAUCGCUCGCAUCUAUCUGAUCUCGGAUAUUCUGCACAACUGCAGCGUCAAGGUGCAGAAUGCGAGUUUCUUCCGGAAAGCAUUGGAGAAAAAUUUGAUGGAUGUCUUCAAAAACUUGAACAGCUAUCACAUGCAGCUGGACAGUCGUCUCAAAGCAGAGGGAUUCAAAACCCGCGUGAUGAACGUUUUCAAGGCAUGGGAGGAGUGGGCAGUUUAUCCGAAAGAGUUUCUCACAAAGCUUCAGCAUACGUUCCUUGGCAUUACUAUUGUCGAAAAACAAGAAGAAGAACCAGAGGAGGAAAACGAAGACGAAGAUCUGGAUGGCGUUCCGCUGGACGGUGCUGCCUUGUUGAAAUCGGCCAUGCUAAAGGGAAUUGCCGAACCGGACACGCGAACUCCCAUCCUGAAGCAGGGAAUCUACAGCGACGAAGAGGACAUCGAUGGUAUGCCAAUGGACGACGAUAUUGAUGGCAUUCCGAUGGACGGCAAUCAGUCCGCUGGGGGAGCCGAAAUAGAUUCGGAUGGAGGACUUGCCAAAGGGAAGGGCGGCUUUAUUCCUUCCAAAUGGGAAACGGUUGACGCAUCACAGGUCGAAGCUCAGGCCAUCACGACCAGCAAGUGGGAUACGCUUGAUCCGGUUGCUCCGGCCCCUCCGCAAAUUUCGAUGGGAAGCGAUUCGGACGAUGAACAGGGAAAUGGCAAGGGUGAUGAAGAAGCUCGUCGUUUACGCCUUCGUGAGAUUGAAGUGAAAAUUGUGCAGUACCAAGACGAAUUCGAGUCGGGCGCUCGGCAAGUGCGCGUUGGAUGGACCGUUGCCGAAGAAAUUUCACACUAUCGACGGAAGUUGAUCAAAAAGGCUGAAAAAGAACUCCGCCAGCAGCAGCUCCAACAACAGCAGCAACUACAACAACAAAGUAUGGAUGACAGCGAUGAAGACACGGAUGAGUACGAGCGAAGCACCAGUUCAAAAAAGCAGUCCAAACGAAGCUCUAGUCCUGAUGUUCCCAAAAAGCACAAGAAGACCCGCAGAUCACCAUCCACGGAAUACGUCCGCGAGGUUUCAUCGAAGUCCUCAAGAAGAUCCCGAUCGCCAAUAUACGCAACCAGCAGCCGUAGCAAACGAGAAACUUCCCUCUCGCCGCUGCGCAGCAGCAAAACGGCAUCCAGUAGACACCGUUUGUCCAGAAGCAUUUCGCGCUCCCCAUCUCGGAGACAUCACUCGGAGCGUUCGCUCUCACCGGCCACCCGCAGCAAGUACGACCUACUCGAAUCACCUGCUCGUGUUUCGAGUUCCGCAGCCAAGUACGAUAAAUACGAGAGUACGAGCAGCUCCAAGUAUGACAAGUACGAAUCUGUCUCAUCUGCGUCCAAGUACGACGCCCGGCUGUAUGAGGACCGAUCGAGCAGCAAAUACGACAAGUACGACAAAUAUGAGGGCUCUUCUUCGAGCAAGCACGAGAGGGAACGGGAACGAGAACGUGAACGAGAGCGCGAACGGGAGAAGGAACGGGAGCGGGAACGAGAAAGAGAACGGGAAUUGCGAGAGCGAGAACGGGAGCGAGAGCUACGAGACCGAGAAAGGGAACGGGAUCAUCUGCGGGAGCGUGAUCGUGAUCGGGAUCGGAUGUAUGUGAGCAGCAGCAGUGGCAGUAGCAAGUAUGAUAUUGUAAGUUCAAAGUACGAGGACGAUGCCCGGAGAUAUCGUUCACCUUCACCAAGUCGACUCGCCUCCCGGGAUACUUAUUCCCGCUAUGCUAGCGCAGGCAGUGGAAGUGCACGAGCGGAGAAACACAAGAAACACAAGUACUAAUUCACUAUUGGCCUGUCGGAUGAGCGUAUAAGUAAGUUAGCGUAGCAAUGAUUCCCAAUUUAGGAUUCCUUUCAUCGUAUGAGAUUGAACGAUGUUUUUGGUUUCCAAUAGAUUGUUUGAAACUCAUAAACCAGUCAACGCAAGCUACAAAGCCUAAAUUUGAGCGUUUUAACUUCGAUUCAACAAAUUUUAAAGCAGACUCAAUGAAGCUCUAAAUUUUGCAUGCUUUCUAUGUACAUGGCUGUCAGAUGUACAAAAUCGACGGAUCAAAUGAUAAAGUGAAUUAUAUGUUUGCAUAUUA